AUGGCAACGGUGCGUGGUGUAAAUCUGCUGCAAAGCGAGCUUGAAAAAGCUAAGGAGGGUUUGAGAGGGCUUGAUGAUAACAUCAGAAAGCUAACAGGAAGAGAUCCAGAUGUACCAAGGCCGCAGGGACCAGCUCGUAGAGUCUCAGUGGGGAAUACAUCAAGGGAAUUUCAACCCAGGGGAGAAGGCAACACAAGGAUGGCUGAGAAUCGCUUAUUCAACAUUGCAAGAAGAGGGAUUCAACCAGGAGACCAGCGACCCAGACCAAGUAGAGGAGGAGCGUUUGCAAGACUGGGUCCAAUGCGUCGAGGUCGAGCACGAGGACAGGACAGCGGGGAUGAGGAGGACACCAGAAACAGACCCGCUCUCCAGUCAUCAGUGGUUGCCACUACCCCCCGGGAAGAACGUUCAAGAACAGUCUCAAUUGAGGCACAAAAUAAGGACAGCAGAGGACAGGCCAGAAACAGAAGAAUGUUUGGCAUGAUACUAGGAACCCUUCAGAAGUUCAAAGAUGAGUCGAAAGAAUCUAAAGAUAAGGAAGAACAGAGGGUCAAGAUAGAGAAGAAGCUAGAGGAGAAAUUCCUGCAGGAGAAAGAGGAGAUAAUUCAGGAGAGAAGAGAACUCUUCCUGGAGAGGCGGCGCAAACAAGUCCGCAUUCGUACCAUCGAACAGAAGAUGGAGAUGGUUCAUAAUCAUGAAAACUGGGAGCGAGAAACGAAGAAGUUACAGAACUUUAUCCUGACUAAGGCCAAACCCUGCUUGUUUUACAUGCCCAAAAUCCUUACAGAAGAUUCAGAAUCUAAACUAGAGGACACCAAGUCAGCUGUUGAUGCUAUGAUAGAAAACCGCCGCAAGAAGCUUGAAGAAGAGAUCAAUGAGAUGAUGAGCCAUGUGGGAGGUGACAAAGACGAUGAAGGGGAAGACGACGAUGAUGAAGACGAUGAGGAGGAGGAUGAUGGUAGUGGAGAGGAGGAAAGUGGGGGAGAGGAGGGGGUGAAAAGAGAUGGGAAGGAGAACAGGGAGAAAGGGGCUGGAGAGGGGGUGGAGGAGAUGGAGGGGGUGAGUGUUAGUGAGCGUGAAUUGAGGGAUAAAGAGAGGGAGCAAAGGGAUCGGGACAGGAGGAUGAAGGAGAAACAAAGGGAGGAAAGGAUCAGGGGAAGGCAUGUGAGUAAGGAGGAGGUGGUGAGGGAGGAUAGGAGUGGGGGAAGAGGGGAUAGGAGUGGGGAAAGGGAGGAUAAGAGUGGAGGGAGGGGGGAAAAGAGUGGGGAGAGGGAGGAUAGGAGUGGGAGGAGAGGGGAUAGGAGUGGGGAAAGGGAAGAUAAGAGUGGAGGGAGGGAGGAUAGGAGUGGGGGGAGGGGGAAUAGAAGUGGGGAAAGGGAGGACAGGAGUGGAGAGAGGAUUAGGAGCAAGAGUGGGGAACACAGGGAGAAACCUAGAGAAAGAGAUAGGAGACAUUCUAGGUCGAGGUCUAGAAGUAAGGGAAAACAUAGGUCGGGGAGUAGAGAUAGGCAUAGGUCAGGCAGGAGAGAGAAGAGAGAUAGACAUCGUAGUGAGGAUGGAUCUAAGUUGAGAAGAAGGUCAAAGGGGGAGGGUUCUGGUAAGGCUGAGAAAACUUCAAAAGUGUGGGAACCAAUGGAAGAUGAAGAGGAGGAAGAGUUUGUGGGAUCCAAAGAGCAGGACCCUAUCAAAGAAUCAGGUGAUAGUAUUCAGAGUCGAAUGUUAAAAAUUGCAGGUAUUGAAAGAGUGCCAGGAAUUUUGGGAAAGAAUGAUGCGAAUGAGCGUGGGAAAAUUGGGGAGAAUGAAAAACAGAAUAUGUCCGCUGAAAUCCCUCGAUCAAUAAAAACCAAUUCUGAAGAUGAGCAAAAUUUUGUGGACUCUGAAAUGAGCGAGGCUGUCAAGUGAUGACAAGUACAUAAGUAUUGUUUUCGGGGCAUGUAUAUUAUUUCAAGUCUUUGCUGAUGCAACUUUUCAUUACAAUAUGAUUUCCUCAUUUAUUUAAAACAUUGAUAUUUAUUCACAUUCAUAAAUUAAAACAAUAAGCAUGUUUCCCAGUCACUUUAAAUGGGCAAAGUAAUGCCAUGAUAUCAAAAUUUCAGAACUUAACCAAAGGAUGAUAGUAAAUUGUUCAAUCUAAUUAUUACUUAGGUUUUGUUUUACACCUGGUUGUAAAUAUUUCAAAAGCAUGGUUUAACAUGUACAAGCUUUCGCUAUAAAAAACAACCUUAAUUUUUGUAAUAAAUCAGAUAGAUGCUGAAAUACCAUCCCAGCCUAGGUUAAAAUGAACAUUUUCUCUUUACACCUCAAGAGGUAAAAAAUGUUAAUCUUAAAAGUUUAUUGAUAAAAGGAAUUGAAGUACUGGUACUGAUAAUAAAAACUUAAGAGCACUUACCUUUGGUUGAUGCCAUGGGCAAGAUGAUCAUUAAUUACAAAUGAAUUACAAUAAUUAUGAAUUUAACCAGAAACUGGUAUUUCAUGGGUUUUCACACACUGGGGCCCAUACUAAGAUUCUUGGGGUAAAAAGCUUUAAAAAUAGUACUCCUAAUUACAACAAUCCUGCCGUAAUGAUAUGAGGCCAUUGGUGCACUUGAGGGAUUAAAUUUCAGCUUUUAAGACUAUUCAAUGGAAAAUGUACUUCCGGAUUGAUGUAUUUUCGGCGGACCCUGGGAAUUUGAGCCAACUGGGUUCAACUGUAUAUGAUACAAAUCAUUAGCGCUUUAAUAUCAAAAAAGUAAUCUAUAUUUAAACAGAUGCUUUUUAUUUUAUAUAUAUGAAAUCUUCCCCCUUUAUGUUUUUCAGCUAUUUUCCAGCACUAUUUCAUUAAUAUACAUGUAUGUAUGUAUUGGUAUGUCAGUUCUAGAAAUUCAGAGCCUGAAAUUUCCCCUUCUUUCAGCUAGGGUGAUUUUAAAUCGACAAUAUGUUUAACAUGUGAACAGUCAUGUACUAAUGUACUAGGAAAUGAUUACUGGUAUGAGGAAAUUAUGCAAGUAUAUUGAACAGUGAUUAAAUGUCUGGUUGUAAUCAACCGCACAUCUCAGUUAUAUAAAACACAACUAUGUCUGUUCUUUAAUGUGUUUUUUUCUUAUUUCUGUAGAAAAUCUUUGAAUAAAGUCUGCUGCAUUUCAUCUUUUAUUUCUGAAAUUCUCAAUGUUUUUUUGUUUUAUUUUGAUAAAUAAACUGUCUGCUAAACUUGCAGUUGUUCAAAUGAUUAUCAUCUUAAAGCAUUUUCAGAUUUUAUUUAUAAUACAAGGGAAUGAUAUGAAUUUAUUUUGCAUCAUUUUAUUUUUUAAAAAUAAGCAACAUAAAAAAACAUAAUAAAAAAAUAACAUUUAAAAAAAUGCUGUCAAAUUUUCUUUUCGUCAUUUGCAACUGUUGUUAUGUACUGUAGAUAUAAGAUAUAUUUGUGUAAAUAUGUUCAUUGUAAAUAACUCUUCUUUUGAGCGUACAUUUUAAUAAAUUUCAAUUUG